CUAACAAAAAUAUGGUCGAUCAGCGGCCGAUUUAGACAGGGGGAUACUUUGUUGUAAAUAUUUUUGUGUGUUGCGAUUCGAAGUUGGAGUUGUUAUAUGUGAGUUGGUUGCAUCGCGAGUGGAUUCCAGUUCGAGAGCAGUUUGCAAAAUGGAGAUACAGCAGUUGGAGAUAUUGUGCAAACAAUUGUAUGAAUCUACAGAUCCUGUAGUUAGAAGUGAAGCUGAAAAGGCAUGUGUCAGUUUUUUAAAUAGUCCAGACGCUCUUCCAAAAUGUCAAAUGCUUUUGGACCGUGCGGACUCGAGUUACGCCCAAAUGUUAGCCACCACAACACUAACAAAACUCAUUCCGGGACUAAGUUUAGAACAAAGAAUAGACAUUCGGAGCUAUAUUCUUAAUUACUUAGCAACUCGGCCGAAUUUGCAAAACUUUGUGAUUCAAGGUUUAGUGACCCUGCUAGCGAAAAUAACAAAAUUUGGAUGGUUGGACGUAUACAAGCAGCAAAAUGUGUUUCGUAAUAUUGUGGAGGAUGUUAAGAAAUUUUUACAGGGAUCCGUAGAGCACUGCACUAUAGGUGUGCAGAUUCUAUCACAGCUCGUAAUGGAAAUGAAUUCAUUCGCAGAGCAAGAUAUACAUCUGUCAUUUUCAAAAAAUCGUAAAAUUGCAUCUUCAUUUCGCGAUAUUCAUCUUUAUGAUAUUUUUUUAUUAUCAUGUUCGUUGCUUAUCACUGCACGCGAGAAUAAUAAAAACUUGAAUUUUAUGGAUGAAGCGCAACAAAACUUAAUAUCUCAUAUUCUAAGACUAACAAAAAAUUGCUUAAGUUUUGACUUUAUUGGAAGUUCUACAGAUGAAUCGACUGAUGAUAUGAGUAGCGUUCAGAUACCAGCAACCUGGCGUCCAGCAUUUCUGGACACGAACACCUUAAAAUUAUUUUUCGAUUUGUACGAAAAUCUGCCCGGUAGACUGGCUAGUUUAGCACUUGGAUGCCUUGUUCAGAUGACUUCAGUGAGAAGAUCAUUGUUCAGCAACAAUGAGCGAACGAAAUUCCUUACAGUAUUGGUUAGUGGAGUUAAAAAUAUCCUUGAAAAUUUACAGGGGUUGAGUGAUGCGGAUAACUAUCAUGAAUUUUGUCGGCUUCUUGCACGUCUUAAAUCGAACUAUCAACUUGGGGAGCUAAUCCAAGUCGAUUGUUAUCCAGAAGCAAUUCAAUUGAUUGCAAAAUUCACGGUCCAAUCGUUACAAAUGUGGCAGUUCGCACCAAACAGUGUACACUAUUUGCUUUCACUUUGGCAACGAAUGGUUGCGUCAGUUCCUUAUGUGAAAGCGGCAGAGCCGCAUUUGCUGGACACCUACACACCAGAAGUUACCAAGGCAUAUAUUACAAGUAGACUCGAAUCAGUACGUGUGAUAGUUAGGGAGGAUUUAGAAGAUCCUUUAGAUGAUCUUGGGAUGAUACAACAACAACUAGAGCAAUUGUCCGUCAUAGAACGCUGUGAAUAUGAGAAAACAUGUACCCUCUUAGUGCAACUAUUUGAUCAAACGGCAAGGUCGUACCAAGAGUUGAUUCAAAACCCCGCCUCAAAUGCAAUGGAAAUAAAAAUCCACGAACUUCAAUUAACAUGGCUGGUAUACAUCAUUGGUUCAGCGAUAGGAGGCCGACUAUCUUUCAGUGCCAAUGAGGAGCAAGAUAUAAUGGAUGGGGAGCUAGUUAUUAGGGUUCUUCAAUUGAUGAAUUUGACUGAUUCGAGACUACCCCAAAUUGCAUGCGAAAAGCUCGAAUUGGCCAUUCUAAGUUUUCUGGAGCAAGUUCGAAAAAUCCACAUCAACGAACAGAUCCAGAAGGCAAAAGUGUAUAAGCGGCUGUCUGAAGUCUUAGGACUGAAUGAUGAACAGAUGCUUCUGAGUGUGAUAAACAGAAAAAUAAUAACAAAUUUAAAAUUUUGGGGCCGAUCAGAACAAAUAAUCACAAAGACGCUGUGCUUACUCAACGAUCUCUCAUUGAGCUAUUCUUGUAUAAGGAAAUUGGCGAAAUUGGAAGAAAUUCAAUUCAUGUUGAAUAAUCAUACGGGAGAGCAUUUUUCAUUUCUUAGUACAAACACAUCACUUAGCGAAAUGCGAUGUCGCAGCAUGUUUUAUACAUCUCUAGGGAGAGUUUUAAUGAUUGAAUUAGGCGAAGAUGAGGAGCGUUUUUAUACCUUCAUGGCACCACUAACAACUCAAUUUCAAUCAAUAGCGUCUAAACUAAUGGAUGAAAGUAGUUUUCCAACAGAAGAAACAAAGAAAGCAGUCAUUGGGCUUGCCCGGGAUUUGCGUGGACUGGCUUAUGCUUUGAAUUCGAAAAAUCCAUAUUCAAUGUUUUUUGAUUGGAUAUACCCAGACUUCACACCGGUUUUAAUUCGAGCGGUAGCACUAUGGGCCCAUGAUCCUUCAGUUACUACACCUAUUUUGAAAUUGUUCGCUGAACUUGUGAAUUGUAGAUCGCAACGGCUACAAGGGAAUGUUUCUAGUCCAAAUGGUAUCUUGCUAUUCAGAGAAAGUUCAAAACUUAUCUGUACCUAUGGAAAUCGGAUUUUACUUCUUGAUGUUCCCCGCGAGCAACAUUAUGCUAUGCGCCUUAAAGGAAUUUCAAUAUGUUUUCUGAUGUUGAAACACGCUCUGAGUGGAAACUAUGUAAAUUUUGGAGUGUUUCAGCUGUAUGGCGAUGACACCCUGGAUAAUGUACUAAAUAUAACGGCCAAAAUGAUUUUGUCCAUACCACAAAACCAUCUUUUGGAAUAUCCUAAGUUAUCAACUUCAUAUUAUCUCCUUCUCGACUGCUUAGCACAAGAUCAUAUUACAUUUAUAGCUUCAUUAGAACCCCGCGCAUUUUUAUAUAUUCUUGAAAGUAUAUCCAAAGGACUAACAGCUCUAGACACAGCAGUGUGUACCUCAUGCUGUUCCGCUUUAGAUCAUAUUGUAUCAUAUAUAUUCAAACAGCUUCAGAUAAAAGUUUCGACAUUCCCUAACAAAAAACUUCGACAUGGGGUAUUUAUGGAAAAUACUCAGUUCUUAAACAUGGUGGAAAUGCACUCUGAAAUCCUGCAAGGAAUUUUAUCAACACUUUUGAACCUCGUCAUGUCGGAAGAUUGUCGAAAUCAAUGGUCAAUGUCCCGUCCUUUGUUAGUUCUUAUUCUGUUAUAUGAAGACUACUUUGGUUCGCUCAAGGAAAGCGUGAUUCGUGCUCAGCCUAUUGAAAAACAAGAAUUCAUGGUGCAGUGGUUCAAUGGUCUGAUGGAAGGCAUCGAAAGGAAUUUGACUGUGAAGAAUAGGGAAAGAUUCACACAAAAUCUUUCGAUGUUCCGUCGAGACAUAACUAAUUCUUUAAAAUCGUCAAAUUAUAACACUGAAAAUUCUUAUCAAUACCCUGAGCAAAACUACUCAGUUUCUGUCUAAACUGUGUGUUUAUAAAAAUAUAUACGUUUUUUGUAAUUUGUAUGGGUGCGUGGAGUGGCUGAAAGAAAACAUAUUUCCUUUUCUUUGUGUGCCGGGAACGGCAAAAAGAAACAUAUAUAUAUGAAUACAAAGGAAAAUACCAUCUAGAAAAUAAAAAAUAGUAAAUAAAAUGAAAGCAAAGUAUUUUUAUGAUGUUUGUAGCAUAGUUCUGUCUAUGUAAUUUUACAAAAACAAUAAAAUAUUUUAUAUAAAAUGA